AUGUUAGACACCACAAAGGGGUCAGAAACGCAUUUCAUGCCCUUACAAUUCAGCUUUAUCAGCAACCCCAGAAGCAAAACUGUAAAUCAAAUAUUUCAUACUGAACAAUAUAAGAGCCUCUUGAUGUUCAUGCUUACCAUUGAUGAGAUUAACAAAAAUCCAGAACUUCUGCCCAAUGUAACCCUCGGUUAUCACAUAUUUGAUACUUGUGGAAAUUCAAGGAAAUCCAUAAAGUCUGCCAUUCAGAUAUUGUCUGGAAAAAACAAAGAGACUCCAAACUACUCGGAUCAUGGUAAAGUGGCCGCUUUUGUGCUUAGUUCCGGAUUUCAUACAAAUAUGGCCUUGACACAAUUCCUCAGUCUAUAUAGAUUUACACAGGUGUCUAAGCUUAUGGGCGACAUUGUUAACAUUGAUAAGUCCGGUAAAUCUGUUUACUUUAGUAAGGAAAGGAAAGUGCUUUCAGAGUGGAAAUUAGCAAAUAACAUGGUGUGGUAUGGAACUACAUUUCCUACAGUGAAUGCAACAAUUGUGGGGACAUUUGAAGACUCUGAACAAGAAGAAAAAAAGCUUAACAUUGACCUAGGAAAAAUGAUAUGGAAAAAUGACAAAAUUUCCAAUGUUUAUUCACCUGUUGUGAACUUCUUCCAAGUAUUUACCUGGACAGCAGAACGCUGCAAGUUAAGUUGUUCUUUAUAGUAAAUGGUAAAUUGAUGGUCUUAACACUUAUGAGCCCCCUAUAAUUUAGAAGGGGGAAUACAAAAAAAAUAUGCAAGACUGUAUUUAAAUACUUAGGUUAAUUAAACCCUAAGUGCCAUAAAAGUCUCCUAAGAUACUGGAAGAGCAAGAGAAGUUUGCAGUAACAUUAAGCUGUGUUUUGUUGUUUUGAUUUGCAAAGGCUGUAAGCUCCAGUAACUUUGCCCACCUUAGAUCGGAGAUGGAGCACAUUCCUCUGUCAUAGGUGGAUGUCACCUUCUCUGCAAAAGGUCGCAGAGCUGAAGGAAAGGUCAAAGCUAAUAGGAGGGGGGAAGAGUAAGAUUUUCUCCACUCCAUUGAAUGGAAAUUCUUUAAUUCACUGAGUGAAUUAAAAGAGAAAGGAAAAAAGUUGUUUUAAUAUUCAGCUGAGACAGGCAUGUCCAGUGAAGCAAAUUUCUUAAUGUAAUUAAUAGUUAUAACAAGUUAAAUAAUGAUAAUUAUGACUUUAUUGAUAAUUGAUUACUAACUAAAUUUCUCCACAGGAUCAUUAAUUUGAUGUUUGUGCAGAGUGUUGUUUAUUUUAGUGUUAAAGACAGUGAAGCAACGUAGCUGUGUCUUGUGCCAUGGACGUCAUGAGUCAGAACUGAAAUUACAUCAUUGAAAAUUUGAAGAUGGAGACACAUUAUAAAUUCCUUAAGAAUGGGGAUGGUAUUGUAUAACUGGAAAACAUGAACUGUUAUACUAACCCAUAUGUGUCUAACAUGUGUCUAACAUAUGUGUCAUGUGUAACUAUAUUGUGUGACUAAAUUGUUGUCACUGUGUCCCAAUGAACAAUGUAUUACUCUGUUUGGAGGUAGUCUCAAAUAUUGGAUUAUUAUCCUAAAUAUACGUAUAGGGCAGUAUUAGCCAAGCAGAGGAUGAAAAGUUAUAUCUAUUCUUGAUCCCUCUGUAGUUUAUUUUUCUUUGGUAGUAUCAUAAGAGUAACCUAAACUUAUUUGCUAGCUAAAGUAUGUCAU